AUGGGAAGAUCUCCUUGCUGUGAUAAGGCUAAUGUGAAGAAGGGUCCUUGGUCUCCUGAAGAAGAUGCUAAGCUCAAGGAUUUUAUACACAAGAAUGGCACUGGUGGGAAUUGGAUUGCUCUCCCUCUCAAAGCUGGUCUGAAGAGAUGUGGGAAGAGUUGCAGGUUGAGAUGGCUCAACUAUCUGAGGCCAAACAUCAAACAUGGAGGAUUUACAGAGGAGGAAGAUAGAAUAAUCUGUACUCUAUUUUCCACCAUUGGAAGCAGGUGGUCGAUCAUUGCGACUCAGUUACCGGGAAGAACAGACAAUGACAUAAAAAACCAUUGGAACAGCAAGCUGAAGAAGAAGCUUAUGGGAAGGUCAACAAUGGAGGAGAAGAAACCCCAGAUUAUGAGCAUACUCCCUAAUUCUCAUCAACAAGCUUCCCCAUUUCCAUUAUCUCAUGAUCAACCACUCCAAUCAUUAAUCUGCAAAGACUUCAAUGUCAAUUACAACUAUAACCUCUCUCCUCCUCCUCAAGGGAUUGAUCAAACUCUCAUUUCAAUCCCAUCAACAAAUUGGUCAAACCACUUUCAAAGCAAUAAUGGCCAAACCCUUUCUUGUCUUUUCCAACAAGCACAAGAAAGUUGCUGCUUGAUGCAUCAUAAUCAUCAUCAUGAAUAUCCUCCACAGGCCAAGGAGAGGUUAUUAGGGUUUGGAAGAAGUGAAGGAAGUUGCAGCUCUUCUGAUGGGAGUUCUACUCAGAUCAGCUCCUCAGGAAUAAUGGGGUUUCAUCAGAAUCAAGGCUAUGAUAGUAAUUAUUGUAAUGUUUUUGGAGAAGAAUUGCAGCAGCAGCAGCCACUGUGGAACUGUGAUGUGGAAGAAGAUGUUCAUAAUGAUAAUGGCUUCUUCCAGGUUCUUCUGUUCCUUAUACAUGGAGAGAGAGAACCUGUUCAGGAAGGAGAUUCCUCCACCUCUCAGGCUUCUGCAGGGGAGCGGUAUCGUGUUAGGGGUCAAUGGUGA